UUCCUAUGCUCGCACAGUAAUGAUCUGCGUUGAGACGCAACAUUUUAAUCUUAAUCGGUUCCUGCUACUUGCAAUCGGCUUAUGGCCGUAUCAAAGAUCAAAAUUUAGUCAACUUCAAGCAACUUUAUGUUUUGGUAUUUUGACAAGCUUUGUUGUAUUCCAGCUUACAGCGCUUAUAACUACAAAAUGCACUGUUGAUUUUAUCAUCAAAGUUUUCUCUACCGCAUUAGUCUUUAAUUUCUACGUAAUUAUAUACAGCAUGUUCUGGAUUAACACUCAUCAUGUGAGAAAUUUGUUGGAGCAAUUACACUGCAUCUGUAAUAACCUAAAAGAUGAAAACGAACUUGCUAUCUUUAAAAAGUAUGAAAAUAACAUAAGACGUUGUACAGUUAUAUUUACAUCGUUCGCCAUAUGCUGUGUAUUUAUUUUUACUUUACUGCCUAUUUGGCCACAGAUCCUUGGUACUAUCUUGUACAUAAACGAGUCUCAACUACAGAGUCACACAAUACAAAUCGUGACAGAAUAUUUUGUCGAUCAAGAAAAAUAUUACUAUUUAAUUUUACUGCAUACAGACGCAGUUUUUUGUAUUGGAGCGACUACAUUGACAGCGAUAGGAACAAUGCUCUUAGGAUGCGCCAUACACGCAUGUGGAAUAUUUAAACUUGCAAGUUAUCGUAUGGAGCAAAUAAUGACAACCGAAAUGAUUAAAAACAUUAACUUGAAGAAUCGGGCUAUGAUUUAUAACAAAAAAAUAUUUUAUGCCGUCGAAAUACAUUGCAAGGUUAUAAAGUUCAUCAACGCAUUGGUAUCUAAUUUUGAAGGCUCGUUUCUGUUAUUAAUAAUGUUUGGUGUGAUUUGUUUGAGCCUGAAUAUUUUUGCAAUCUUUCGCAAUGCAUCACUUGGAAAUAAGGAAGCAUUUGUAUUACACUUUUUAUAUGUACUUGUCAUAUUUUUAUAUAUGUUAGCAGCUAAUUAUGCCGGACAAGAAAUUUUAAAUUACAGUGCUCAUAUAUACUUCAUUGCAUACAAUGUUCGAUGGUAUAAUGCACCAUUACACGUACAAAAGAUGAUACUGUUGAUUUUGCAAAGGGGCAGUAAAACUUUCAGCCUAAAUAUCGCCGGACUAUUUGCAAUAUCAUUAGAGUGUUUUGCCAUGUUAACGAAAGCAUCGAUGUCUUACUUCACCGUUAUAUAUACUAUGCAGCAAUGAUGUGAAGAUACAUUAUCUAAUGGAAAUUAACCAUCAAAUAUUACGCAUAUUUUCCGCAUUUGAAACUAUAAAAUGUUAUUUCAAUAAAAAUUGCACAAAUUAAAUAAUACACCCAGAUAACAGCUUUUUGUUUCCUGACUGUUGCACUGUUUAGAUAAUUAAGAAAUCACAAAUUCACAAUUAUUUUUUUUUUUUCGAUAAUGCAUAUCCAUUUAAUUUUUCUAUUAUGAAAUAUAUGUGUGGAACGUGUAUGAAAAAGUGUUGAAAAGUAUGACACAAAACAAAUGACACCUAUUACUCUAAAGUUAAUGUUACAAAUGUAUAUAGAAUUGACGUAUAUUUUUAAACGAGUACGAUAUGAUAUCAAUUUUUGUUUCAUCACUAUCAAUAGGUGACAUAUCAUAAAAGAUCAAAUAUAUAAAAAUGUAAAUAUAAUAUAAAAUAAUAUAAAAACAUGCAUGUGUUUCAAUUAAGAGAAACAAUUAUUGAGUUUUGCUUGUUACAAGUAUAGAAAACUCUGAAUCGAAAUUCACGGUACCUU